AUAAAUAUGAGAAUUGUGCUAGUGCUGUUGAUUAGCUUAGCUUUAAGCAAAAUGGCUGCAGAUCCAAAAGUUGUUCUUGCAGAAAUAGAUGGUAAUCACAUGGGAAAAACUUUCUUGAAUGCCAUUUAAAUUAGUCUUGCCACAGGUUCACCAGUUCAUGAAAUCCAAAGUUAUAUCAAUAAUAUUAGAUUCAUGUUAGAACAAGAGCAAAAAGACUCAGAUCUUUACAUCUAAAACACAUAAGCUUCAUGUAACAGAUUGCUCCAUGACUUUUCAACUAACUUAGCAUAUCAUCAAAGUUAAUUGAAAGCACAUACUAAAAUUGUUGAUGAGAAUACCAAUAAUUUGUAAAGAUCCCUAAACAAAAUUGCAGAAGUCUCUGUUGAGAUUGAGGAGAAUUCAAAGAAAACUAAUGCAGGAUCAAGCGAAAGAGACUUGCAAUAUGCUGAAUUUUAGUCGAAAAUUAAAGAUCACACUGAAGCAAUUGCUGCUAUUGAUGAAGCUUAUGCAUUGAUUGAACAUCUAUCUGGAGGAUCUUCAUUUAUUUAAGUUAAAGGAAGAUUCAAUAAGGUGUUGUCCAGAUUAUAGAGUUAAUCAACUUCAAGUGGGUUGCUAUUCUAACCAAUCCUUACAAUGAUGACUUAAUUAUCAGCCAAAUCUGAUUCUGAUACAGCCAAGAAAGUCUUGUAAUUGUUGUCCAAUCUGAGGGUUUAGAUAGUUGAAAGCAAAUCAAGUGAUGAAGACAUUGAAAAACAACAAAGUUUGAAUUGGUAAUAAUUCUUGUCUGACUUAACUAACGAGAGAAACACCUUGUCUGAUUAAAGAUAAAAUCUUGAAUAAGCCAUCUUGAAUUAUUAGAGCAUUAUUGAGGAAUCAUAAGGCAAAGUGGAAUAUCAUGCUGCCGAAGUUGAGAGAAAUUAAUCUAACUUAGAAGGCCAAGAUCAAUGGUGCAGAUAAUAAUAAGACAUUUAUUAGAUGGAAACCUAAGCAAGAGUUCAAUUACAAGAUUUGAUUUCCAGAAUCUCAGACCACAUCUAAGACAAGAUUGUUACUCUUAAGGAAUAUCUUAGAGAAAGGCUCUAAUUAAAUUGAGAUUAAGAAAAAUUUAAUAUUAUAUUAUCAA